UACCUUAGUCUGUCCUUGCUCCUUGUUAAAAAUUUGGUAUGACGACUUCACCUAAACGCAGACCAGAGACGAGAGAAGAGAAAGUCUUCACCUUUCGCUUACCAUUUGCAGGUAAAGCCAAAUUCGAUCCCGCCAUUCUGGUCGAGAAGCUUUCAAAACAGAUACCUUUUGCUUAAGAAGCUUUUUCGGGAGUUAAGAAUGGCGCCGAAUCAGCUCGCUGCCGCCGGCGACAGCACUCUUCAGGCUAUUUGCUACAAGCGCGGCUCCCUCCAGCUCCUUGACCAGCGAAAGCUUCCUCUGGAGACCAUUUACUUGGAUAUCAAAGACUCGACUGAUGGAUGGUCAGCCAUACGAGAUAUGGUGGUAAGAGGGGCGCCUGCAAUUGCCAUUGCAGCAGCUCUCUCACUUGCAGUGGAAGUGUCUAACUUAGUGGGGUUUACAGGGACGCCAGUCGAAGCUGCUGCUUUCCUCUCUGAGAAAUUGGGAUAUCUUGUUUCGAGGUAUUCAUAUUUGGAAAUGCGUUUGAUUGUGCUUGCUGGAUGGGCUGCUCGUGAAUGGUUUCUUGUAUGCUUCCUCAGCCGCCCAACUGCAGUGAAUCUGUCGGAUGCUGCCACCAAGCUGGAGGAAGUGAUAGGGAAGGCUGCAGCAGCUGCAUCUGAAGCUAGCAAUGUAUUUCAGGCUUACAUUGAAGCUGCUGAAGUCAUGCUUGAAGAAGACGUUGCUUCGAACAAAGCGAUUGGGUCAUAUGGAGCACAGUUCAUUCGAAACCAUUUGAAAGGCUGCAAGAGCUUUUCUGUUCUGACUCACUGCAACACUGGCAGUCUUGCUACCGCUGGAUAUGGCACUGCUCUGGGCGUCAUUCGUGCACUUCAUUCAGGCGGAGUGUUGGAAAGAGCUUACUGCACCGAGACACGCCCAUUUAAUCAAGGAUCUAGGCUCACAGCUUUUGAGCUGGUGCAUGAAAAAAUACCUGCUACUCUUAUAGCAGACUCUGCUGCAGCUGCAUUGAUGAAAGAAGGCCGAGUAAGCGCCGUUAUUGUUGGAGCAGAUAGAGUUGCAGCAAAUGGAGACACUGCCAACAAGAUUGGAACCUACAGCCUAGCUCUUUGUGCCAUGCACCAUAAAAUCCCUUUCUACGUGGCAGCACCAGUUACAUCGAUCGACCUGUCCCUAGAUUCAGGGAAGCAAAUCGUCAUAGAGGAAAGAUCUCCAAAGGAACUGCUGAACUCACGUGGAGGACUCGGGAAGCAAGUUGCUGCCUCCGGUAUCUCGGUCUGGAACCCCGCUUUCGAUGUCACCCCUGCAAGCUUGAUCGCUGGGAUCAUAACCGAGAAGGGUGUCAUCACGAAGGCAGACAGCGACGCAUUCGACAUAAAAGCUUUCGUGGCAAGCAACACAUAAUGCACCUGUUCUAAUACGCGGGAGCCUAGUCCGUAGUCACUGACUGUGUAAUAACAUCGUCAUCAGCGAGAUUCCUGUUGAUGUGAAACUUGUGCUGUAAGUAACUGUUUUGUGGCUGCUGCUAUCAAAGAUGAAAUCAUGCUUAGCUGGUUCUCCCCUAGGCUACUUAUAUAACUAGGUGGAGCUAGCUUCUAUCGCACUGUUGUGAACAUAUUUACAAAAUGGGUCGGGCCUAACUAUUUCGAAGCCCAAAAUGCAAUCUAUCGGCCCAAUUUCCGCCUAGCUAGCUGGGCCCCCAACAACGAUCUGUUAGGUUUCCCGCAUCCGUAAGUAAUCCGGUAACUUCUCGUUCUGUUCUACUCUCUUUCACAAAUACAAAUAGUAAAAACUUUCUUCCCAGAGAGAUCGAGGUAAAUAUCUAAAGAGGCAGCAAAGGAAAACGAAAGACCAAAGGAAGAA